AUGGGAAGCACAGCAACCAGUCCACUUUCUGUUCGAUUUAACAAAGCGGUCGAUAUCUGGGAGCACCCGCCAAAUGGUCAGGGUCUCGUUGCACUCGUGGCACUCAAAUUAUUCGAGGAGUUGGAACGGUCCAAGAAAAUCCCUCCCUUGGCCAGUCUGGGGCACAACUCCGCCGACUACAUACACGCUCUGAUUGAAGUCUUCCGCAUUUCCUUUGCUGACGCCUCCUGGUGGAUUGCAGAUCCUUCCCACUCAGAUACUCCGGAUCUAUUAUCAAAUUCAUACAUAGCUGAGAGGGCGGGUCUCUUCAACUCAACCACAGCCUCGAGCAUUAUCAUGCAUGGCAGCCCCGCCUUGAACUCAUGCGACACUGUAUACUUCGCCGUCGUUGAUAACAAUGGCAAUGCCGCCUCCGUUGUAAACAGUAAUUACCACGGCUUCGGAGUCGGAAUCAUCCCGCGUGGGUGUGGCUUCACGCUACAAAGUCGCGGUGCCAAUUUCUCCUUGUCUCCGGGCCAUCCGAAUGCACUUGCACCGGGCAAGAGACCCUACCACACGCUUAUCCCCGCCAUGGCUACAAAUCCGGAGGAUGGAUCCUUGAAUACCGUGUUCGGGAUUAUGGGUGGUUUUAUGCAGCCACAGGGGCAUGUGCAGCUCCUGAUGAAUAUGCUUUUAUUCGGGAUGAAUCCGCAGCAAGCACUUGAUGCGCCGAGAGUUUGUAUUGGGUCGAUGGGGCAUAAGCAUAUGAACAAAGCAAAAGAAAGGACGGUUUAUGUGGAAGAGGGUAUAGAUUCUUCAGCUUUGAAGGAAUUGCGUCGCCGGGGCCAUGUGGUUGAGCUGGUUCGUGGGUGGGAUAGAGAAAUUUUUGGACGAGGGCAGAUUAUACGGGCAUUCCAUGAUAGAGGCCCUCGACAGGUCCUUGAAGCUGGGAGUGACGUCAGGGCUGACGGGAUGGCUGUUCCAGUCUAA